GAAAUGACCGUUUUUCUGUUGAUUGUUUCAAAAAAACUGGUUCCCGUCCACUUUAAAGUUUAUUGUUCAUGAAAUUCUUCAGUUGAAAGAGAAUCACCUCAAACGACAUGUUUUAACUUAUAUUUUUGUGAAAUUAGAGGUUUUUCUUACAAAAUGAAUAAAAAUAGUUCGAAAAUUGAUGAAACCAUUCUUUCUACACCACAACCAUUUGCAACAUCUACGGAAUUAAGAAGACGUCCUAAGUCCAGAGAAAGUGAACACUUGAUCGAUUUUAAGGAGGAAAAUGGCUCUGAUGAAUCUUUGGGAUUGAUAUCAAUUAAAAGUGACUAUGAUGGACCAUUUAUAGAUGAUGUUCAACUAAAAGACUCCAGCAAAGGUAUCAAAAAUUAUGCAAUGGAACAGAGAGAACUUGCAAGUAGGAUGCUUCAAAAGAGAGAAUCAAAAGUUCUAGGUUUGCCUUCUAGGCCACCUAGACCAUCCGAAAUUGCUUCAUUUGGCUUGUCAGCUCACAGUACUAUAAGUGAAAGUGACUUAUUAGGAUUAAAUUAUUCAACUCCUAGACCAUCUCUUUCUGGAAAUCGGGAAAAAUUAGACAUUGCUGGAAAAUUGUCACGCAUGAGUUUAGAAUUCAAGGAUCCAAGUAUGAGUUUAUCCACAGCCCUGAAUAGAAUGCAAGAAGAAUAUGAGAAAAUCUCGUUAUCACUUGAAAGUAAUAUGUUCAAGUCUGCUCAGGAUGCUGAACAGCAGUUGUUGGCAGAUGAAGUUUCUUGGAGAAAAGAGAAAGAACUACCAGCUGAAAAAGUAGACUGUACAUGGAAUACUUUUAAUAAUUCCAAAAUGUCAUCGAUUAGCACAUAUUUCAAACAAAGAACUGGGGAUCUCUCUGAUAUUAUUCCUUCUAAGCCUGGAAGAACUUCAGAAAUUAGGAAUACUUUACUAGGUGUUAGAAAGAAUUCUGUGGAGAGUAUGCCUUCUACCAUAACAGUUGGAGAUGUAUCUGCAUCUUUUAUAGGUGAACUGGACUAUGGCUCAGAAUGUGAUAUAGAUGAAGUGCCUCUGAAGACUGAAACUUCCGAACCAAGGGAAUCAAAGGAAAGUCUGAGUAUUUCCAGAAUUGCUGAAAUCUUACACAAAUCGGAAGAAACUCCAACUAAAGUUCUCGAUUACUUGUUAAAAUAUUGUCCAGAAAAAGCAAAUGAUAAGAAGAAAGUUGUUCCUGUAUCUGGCAACGUUAAAAACAAUACCAGGAGGAACCUAUUAUUAUCCACAACAGAAAAAACAGAGGAAGACAGUGGGAAUUUUCACCCGAGCACGUUAACUCCCAAUAAAGAGAACUUUAAUACCACUAACUGCCCUCAACAACCUUCCUUGGAUAAAAUGUUUGGUAUCUCCAAAUCUCUUACAUCCCUAAGAAGUACCAGUAGUUUGAGUAAUCUACCGGGUGGUAAGCUCCCGAUAGAAACAACACAUUGUGAACUUGUUUGGGGAUGUAUUAAAGCGGGUAAAAGCGAAACUAAGCAAUUUACCCUACGAAACAAAUCGGCCAGUAAAGUGCAAGUACAGUGCACCAUAUCAAGUCCAGUGUUUAGAAUUGUGCAAGAGAGAGGUGAAGACACAUCGAACUCCAUUAAGAUUUUACUUCGAGCAUAUGAAACGAAAAGUGUGUCUGUGAUUUUCAAUCCUUUAAAUGAAGGAGCGGCCGCAGAUGAGAUAGUGUUUUCCCCGUGUAACCCACAUCUGCAGCAGACUAAAAAGCAGUCCAUCAAAUUAUUUGGUUAUGGAGGUUAUGGAUCUGUAGAAUUCAGAAACAAGAUAUUGAAAGAUAGUUCCGGACGGCAUUGGUUGAGUUUGGGCAACAUCUAUGGUCAAUCGGUUAUUGAUGAAAGUAUAACUGUUGUUAAUCGAGGAAAUUUGCCUUCAUUUGCCUUCAUCGAAUAUAUUUCUAAGGACCUUACCUUUUCCAAAAUUACCAUCGAGCCUAGUGUUCUAAUUCUGGCUCCUUACGAAGAAAAGACUGUGAAUAUAAAUCUGAAGCUAACAAGAGAAGAUAUGAAAUAUGUACAUAAUAACAUUUCCAGUUCUGCCUUUGAAAUUGGUGUAGUGAAGAUACUAUCGGGUUCGGAAGCCACGAGGGGAAGAAUCAAACGACUGUGCAAACUUGUUAUGGAGAGAAACCUGGAGAUGGACAGCUUGGGUGUAAAACUAAUGCAAGAUAUUCAUGGAGAGGCUAUACCUACGGACGUUAUCAAAUGCAGAGAAUCGAUAACUAGCAUCAAAACCCUUCUGAUGGAUCUUUCUCAGAAAGAAGUGGUUAUGAUCAUCGAGAAAGAUUUAGAUUCGACUUUGGUGCCUGUGUCAAGUGAAGAUACCACCACCUUCCACAGUUUAUAUCAGGAAAAUACUAUGAUGGAGGAAUCGUUUGUCAACAGUUGCAAAUUAGAGCCUUCUCUCAUAAUAUUCAAUCCUCCUUCUAAAUGUAAAGACAUUCUAUUCUUAACUUCUGACAGUGAUUCUACUUUGUCGUUUAGUGUUGAGGUUCCUAGAGGAAUGAAGACACAUAUUACUUCGGGAUUACUGCAGCCAAGGUCUACUUUGGUACUUCAUUUAGAAAUUGAUGAUACUUCACACAUUCCACCCUCAUCAAGGGUUUCUGUUAAUAUUGAUGGUGACAUUUUAUAUAGUGAUGUAAAAGUAAGACGUUUUUAAGUUUCCUAUUUAUUUGUAUUGUUUCAGAGUUUUAAUGGUUCCUGAUUUAUGAAAAACUUUUUACAUGUACUUAAUGUUUGAAAUAAAGUUUUUUGACUGCACAGUUUUAAAUGGUAA